AUGAUGAUGAAGAGUUUGAGUUUGCUUUCCGUUCGCCGUCAUCAUCCACGAGUCGAUCCUUUUCGUUCCCUCACUCCGGCGUCCACACCGAACCUUUCCUCUUCGCUUCUCAACAAACCGUCGGUUCAUCAAGCUGGUCGUUUCCUCACUCCGGCGUCCACAUCGAUCCUUUCCUCUUCGCUUCUCAACAAACCGUCGGUUUCAUCGAACCCUAGCUACUAUGCUAAGGUAAUCUUUAUGGAAAGUGAACACAAUAAUCUACUCGGUGUCUAG